AUGGAUGUAGAACCAGCCGAGAUAGAUCAGGAAUGGAAUCACAAUGAGACCCCAGGCUCUUUGGACAACGUGUCUGGCAAAGACUCUAAUUGUAAGGCCCUUCUUGAUGUCAAGCAGCUCCCACAGGUCCCAGAUGACGGCAACACCGAUACAGGCAAAGGUGAAGACUCCGACUCUUGUCUCUGCAACGUGGGCAUUGUCGAACAAGACCAAAAGGGCAGCAAAAGUACAUGUUGGGAUGGCGUAGCCGCACUCCUUCAUGGUGUUGAACAUCAAUGGGACGGUGAGAGCGCCGAGGAUUGCCGACAGGGCUCUAAGAGGAAUGUAAGGGACGGAGUUGGAAACAUAACUGUCUCCAAUAUUGUCGAACUUGAAUUUUCCAUCAAAGCCAACAAGAUAUCCAACAAAGGCGAUCAGGAGCUUGGCAAACGGCGGGUGGAGGUCAAAAAAGUAGGUUCUCUCGAGGUAGUACGAGGCAAACUUACCAAAGUGGACCUCGUCGAACACCACUUCGUCUGGGUACCAGAUAUAGUAGAAUCUGGUGCCCAAAGCGAGAAGCGUCAACAACACACUAGUGAGUUGGUAAAGAUGUUUGCAAACGGGAGGCAUUUUGCUCGGACUUUGGGCUAUGUUUCGCGUAGAUACGCGUCUGACUUCCAAGCUAGUCAUGAAGCGUUCUUGAACGAUAUUUCUGCGGCUUCUAAGACAGUGAAAAAAGCUGUUCCUUAUAAGUCAGUUAGAACCUCUACUACAACUACAAGCGCGCCAACGUCUACCAAAUCAAACACUACAACCGCUUCCGCAACCUCAACUCCUGCUCCUGAAACUAAUACUGAAUCCACGCCCGUUGUCGAAGGGACACUUUCCCAGAUGUUUGAGUCUUCUCUUAAUGAUGGUGUUCCAUUGCAAGGCGACUCGUCACACAAUUGGUCAGAGACUUUCCACGGGUUAGCCAAUCAGGCGUUCCCUAAGGAAUCUCAGAAGAUCUUAUCUGAUCCACUUCCUGAUGACGACAUCGAAAUCACCCCUGAUGGAUUGCUCUACUUGCCAGAAAUCAAGUACAGACGUAUUUUAAACAGAGCCUUUGGUCCCGGUGCCUGGGGACUGGCUCCAAGAUCAGAGACCUUGGUUUCCAAGUCGGGUAUGGGCGGGCUUCUCACCAGAGAGUAUGGACUAGUGAUUUAUGGCAGAUUGGUGUCCAUUGCGAGAGGUGAACAGACUUUUUUCAGCGAGAAGGGAAUUCCUACAGCAACAGAAGGAUGCAAAUCUAACGCUUUGAUGAGAUGCUGCAAAGACUUAGGAAUCGCUUCUGAACUUUGGGACCCUCGGUUCAUCAAGAAGUUCAAAAAGAAGAACUGUGAGGAGGUGUUUGUGGAGUACGUUCCAACGAAAAGAAAGAAGAAGAUCUGGAAACGCAAAGACGAGGAUAUUGAAUAUCCUUACAAGAAAAACGUAUGGCUUACCGGCCUCUGUACCAAUGAUAAACACGUUAGAGAGUCUGGUGACGAAAGUGUUCUCCAAAGAAUCCUUGAUGUGGACCAAGUCGAAACCUCCCUCGUGCUUCUCUCUGUGAGUGAUAACACCCACUCUACCCAAGUUACGACCACCGGUCACCAUGACCAAUCUACCGGUGUCGAACUUAACAAAGUCGGUGAUCUUUCCGGACUCAAGAUCAAUCUUGACGGUGUCGUUGACUUUGAUAGCUGGAUCUGGGUAUCUGAGAGUUCUACCAUCGUGGGUAACAACGUAAGGGAUACCCUUCUUACCAAGCUGGACCUUCUUGACCUUGCCCAAUUUGUAAGAAGCCUCCUCGGCAGUGAUUCUGUGGACAGCGAAUCUACCUUUAACAUCGUAGAUGAGUCUGAAGUUCUCGUUGGUAGCAUCCAAAGUGAUGACAUCCAUGAAACCAGCUGGGAAGGUAGAGUCGGUUCUCACCUUGCCGUCGACCUUGACGUGUCUCUCCAUCAAGAUGGCCUUGACUUCUCUACCGUUCAAAGCAUACUUUAA